AUGCGCGCGGGUUACGAAAACGCUAUCAUUGAACUUGUUCCGGAGUUUCACGGCGGAGAAUCGGCCGAGAAACUCCUCGACUGGAUCGCCACGGUCGAAGAGACCCUUGAGUGCAAACGCGUAUCUUUUGAGCGAUGCGUUCCCAUGAUCACCGUGCGAUUCCGUGGCGCAGCAGCAGCUUGGUGGGCGAAAGAAAAGGUGGCUCGCGCACGUUUGGGAAAACCUAGAAUCUUGUCGUGGGAUAAGUUGAAGAAGAAGAUGCGCAAGAGCUUCUUGCCAUUCAACUACGACCAAGUCAUGUUCCAACGCUUUCACAACUUGAAACAAGGAAGCCGAUCAGUAGGAGAGUACGCGACCAAGUUUUCUUCGCUUUUGAGGCGUGUUGAUCUUCAGGAAUCGGAACAACAAAUUGCGGCGCGUUUCGUCGGCGGUUUGAGGAGCCAGGAGGUGAGAUACAAUCUUAACUUGUUGAACCCUCUCACUCUUGCUGAAGCAAAACAAAAGGCCCUCAUCGUGGACAAUCGAAUCAAGCGAAAACUUGAGAGGAAAUUCUGGAUUGUGUGGUGCUGCUUGAUGUUGUGGUUGUGUCUGGAGAGCUUCGGUGUUAAAGUGUCUGGAAUAUUUCCUUGA